AUGUCGCUCCUAUCAGAGCUUUGUAGCAUAUGCUACGUCGAGAAGCCCAAAUAUCGUUGUCCACGAUGCAAGACAGGAACAUGCUCACUACCAUGCUACAAACGACAUCAACAACGUGCAUCUUGCAACGGCCAGCGAGACCCGGCCGAAUACCUCAAAAAGAGCCAACUCGCCACGCCUGAGGGCAUUGAUCGGGACUUCAAUUACCUCAAGGGCGUGGAGCGCGAUAUGGACAAUGCUCACCGCGACACACGCGAUCGAGGCAUUGGAUCAUCGCAGCCUGUGACAAGAACAGCAUACCGAGGCAACAACCCCGAAGGCAAGUUGCAGCGAUAUCUUGGCAAGAAUCGAAUCACUAUUGCACGCGCACCCAAAGGCAUGAGUCGGCAGAAGUCGAAUCAGACCCGAAGUACCAAGCGAGACCAUAUCAUGUGGACUGUGGAGUGGAUCGAUUCCGAUGGCAAGUCAGAGCUGCAGCACAAUUGCGUGGAGACGAAUACCAUCGAAGACACUUUCUCCGCCUCCCCGACCGAAAAGCUUCGAAAUCCAGACGCCAGUACCAUGUCGAAGACCCGCGAGAAGAAGCGCAAGCGGCAGGAGUCACAGCUGGAAGCUGGGCUAGUGGAAGGGCAUCCGUUGGCGUCACUAUUGGGUCUUGCUGCUGAUAUCGGCGCUACUUCCGCUGCCCAGAACGAUACCGCAUCUGCUGUUGGAAGGCCUGAGGAGUCAUCCAAUCUGAUCGAGACGAUACCAGAGCCCCAGCAAGAAGAGAAGCCGAAGCCAGAGCGCUUCUACUACCUCCUCAAAGUCGGCACAUCAUCGGCGUGCAAAGUUCUCAUACCGCUCAUGCCCAACUGCACCUUGACCGAGUCGCUACAAGAUCAAACGGUGAUGGAGUAUCCGACCUACUACGUUCUCCCGUACUCGCCAGGAAAGCUGCCGCCAGGAUUUCGGACAGAGCACCAAUACCUGAAAAUCCGUAAGGGCGAGGAGGAGGAAUUUGACGAGGCUCUUAUCAAGGCAGAAGAGGGCGGGGUGCUGAAUGGUGGAAUCAAGAAUGAGCCGGGUCUCCCUUCGAAACCGAGUUUCUCUUCGAAAUCGAAUUUCUCCUCGAAGCCAACUCAUGUGGACUCGAGACCGACUCAAGUGGACGCGAACAAAAUUCUGGACAUGCUUAAGAGGGACGUGACGAGAUGA